AUGGAGUGGGUGGGGCUUAAAAUCUCCAAGGAGGGCCUCAGGGUCCUGGCCCCCAGGGUGGUUGGCUGGGGGUCAGACUCCUCUGCGGCGAGGACAAGGAUUGGGGGCCAGGCUCUGGGAUGGGGGUCGCAGGGAGAGGGACAGAGUUCUGUCGCAGCCAAGGCUGCAGUGGUCAGUGGGUUGUCCUUUUCUUUGGAGGGGUGCUCCGUCCCUGUGGAGGGAGCCACAUCUGGGAAGAGGCCGGGGACCGGGCGCGCGGGCAAGGGGGCGCUGCGGCGACGCAGGUGUGCCGGGUGCCAUGACGACCGCACGGCCCGGCGCGAGCCCCCUCCCCCGGGCCGGGAGCGCGAGCGGCUGGCCGCCGGCAGCGGGCGGUAG